CACUGCUCCGGCUGUACAGGCAGUGAGAGGAGAGACAGAGUAUUAGUAUUCAGAGCACAGGGAGGAGAAAAGGGAGAGAGAGAGAGAGAGAGCGACCGCGAGAAGUGAGAGGGAGGGGAUAGAGAAAUAGAGAGGAGGAAAAAACACAAGGAGGAAGGCAAAUAUAAGAGGAGACCACAGGAAACGGCCGGGAGAAGAGGGGAGGGAGGAGAUCUCAUACUGUCGGUUUCUUCCUCUCAGUCUGUCAUCCCGUUAACGGGGUUCGUCGCUCGGUGCGUCUUGAAGAUAGCCGAGAAAGCGAAAGAGGGAGGGGGGGGGGGCGGACGGAGCCAAAGAGGGCGGAAUGCCCCUUUACAAGCGUCGCAUCUGACUAAGACAACAGGGAAGCUCGUAAAUCUGACACCGGACACAGAGGAAGGUUCCUGCAACGCCGAGGUGAUGUUGGAGGAAGGCUUCGAACCAAGGAGCCUCCACGAAUCACAUCCCAGCGAUUCCAGUCGGACCCCGAUGACGCAGAGCGCGGCUCCGUUUCCCGGCUCGCAGUGAAGAAAAACAGGCCACUUAUCUUCAGGCUUCCGCUUCUGCCCUCGGAAACAUUAGCAAAAUAACAAGCUAAAGGUUAUGCACGCACUCCAGGCAUAACUUCCCAUUCCUCGGCCAAGAAAAUUCUUCAUGUGGAGCGUGUGUUCCCCUGCUUGCAGUUUGAGCAUGGCCCAGAACCUUGAAAGUCAAGCCCAGUAAAGGGAAACUGAGAGGGGGUGGGCGUCGUCGUCUCAGUCAUCCAUGGGCCCCUCCGCCUGGUGCCUGUGAUCCGGACCGAGCCCCUCGUCUUCCUCCCGCACCGCUCAGCUUCCUCGGCUCACGCCUUGUGAAGGGUGGACGGGCCGACGCUCCGCUCACCCGAGCGCCGUCCGAUAGGUGAGGGCGGCGAGGGCUGCGCUGUCAUUGGCCGACUGCUGGCGAGAGUGCGAUGCAGAUUGGAGGAUGUCGGGGGACUGGGAUGAAGACCUGUGUAAGAAGGCGCUGGUGCUGGUGGAGGAGCUGUGCUUCAACUCGCCGAGAGGUUACAGCCAGAGCGAGCGGUGCCAGGAGUUCAGCUACCUGCUGAGAGGCCGCAACAGAAGCCUGGACACAGAGAUCUCUGUCAGCCUGCUGUCGGUCAUCGUGACGUUCUGCGGCAUCGUGCUCCUCUCUGUCUCCUUGUUCGUCUCGUGGAAACUCUGCUGGCUCCCAUGGAGGGACAAGGAAGGCGGAGGACUGAGCCUCACGUCGGGGCUGCUGCCCGGGAGCGCCGGGGUCGGAAGCCUCGGGGGCGCCGGGGGGUCGUCGCUCUUACCCCCGCUGCUGCAGAGGAAGGAGGGCCACUCCUCAUCCUCGCUCUACCCCUCCCUGGGCCAGCAGGGCCAGCACCACCCCCACUUCUCUGACCUGGUGGGGCUGGAGAGGGGGGAGGGGGGCGGCGUGGUGGGGGGGCCACAGGAGACCCAGGAGCACGCCUACCUGGACAUGGACUCUUACCCCAACAAUACUGGAACUCUGAAGCUGAGCCAGAUGUCUCCAGAUGUGCCCUGCACAGAAGGUGGCGCCCAUCCUCAGAAAGACCUGCCCAACGCUCAUUCCCAGCAGCAGGUCGCCUCACGGCCUAAGCCCAUGACUCACCAGCUCUCCAGCCCCGAUUUCCACGGCGAGGAGAAGGAGCAGGUCACCAGCAUUGGGCAGAUCAAGCCAGAGCUCUACAGACCCAAAGGGGACCAGGGUGAAGGUAAACAGGGCGACAACUGCGGCAAGAUCAGCUUCCUCCUGCGCUACGCCUUCAACACGGAGCAGUUGGUUGUAAAGAUCCUGAAAGCUUUGGACCUGCCAGCGAAAGACGCCAACGGCUUCUCUGACCCGUAUGUCAAGAUCUACCUACUGCCAGACAGGAAGAAGAAAUUCCAGACCAAGGUCCACAGGAAGACCUUAAAUCCCGUGUUCAACGAGACGUUCCAGUUCGGCGUGCCGCUGAAUGAGCUACAUUCCAGAAAGCUGCAUUUCUCCGUGUACGACUUCGACCGCUUCUCCAGACACGACCUGAUCGGCCAGGUGGUCGUGGACAACCUGCUGGACUUCAGCGAGGGCAGCGGGGACAAACCCAUCUGGAGGGACAUCGUGGAGGGAACGGCGGAGAAGGCCGACCUCGGGGAGCUGAACUUCUCGCUGUGUUACCUGCCCACCGCGGGCCGGCUCACUGCUACGGUCAUCAAGGCCACCAACCUCAAAGCCAUGGAUCUGACGGGCUUUUCAGAUCCGUACGUGAAGGCCUCUUUGAUCUGCGACGGGCGGCGGCUAAAAAAAAGGAAGACGUCCAUAAAGAAGAACACGCUGAACCCCACGUACAACGAGGCGCUGGUGUUUGACAUUCCCAACGAAAACAUCGAGAGCGUGUCCAUCAUCAUUGCAGUGAUGGACUACGACUGCAUUGGUCACAACGAGGUCAUAGGGAUGUGUCGCGUGGGCAGCGACGCCGACGGCCCCGGCAGAGAGCACUGGACGGCCAUGCUGGCCAAUCCACGCAAGCCAAUAGAGCACUGGCAUCAGCUCGUGGAGGAGAAGGCGAUCGGGACGUUCGUGUCAAAGCCUCCGGCGGCGUCGUCCCCGAAGCCGCACAUCGUGGUGGACAGCCCUCACUCCGAUUAAAACCGUCGUUAUCAUCUCUCCAGACUUUUCCUUUCUUUUCCUCUCAUCUGUGAAUAAUUCUCCUCAUCAAAGAACCAGAGAGGUGGAGACGACGCUGGUGUCCAGCUGCUAGUGCUGUUUCGCUCCCGCUAAUGAAUCCUCCAGGUCCGGCGCCGUCUUACGCGGUGAAGAAAAAAACAAAACAAAAAAAAAACAAAAACCCACUGCAUCCGCCACAAGCUACACGUUGAGCAUCAGGACACAUUUCCAGACAUAAGCAGACUUUAAGUGGUGCAGCGGGACAAGUAGGGGGCGAUUCAGGAUUUAGAGAGUACACACACACUCACACACACACUCAUGCAAAUAUCCAUCCAGAGUUUGUGGUAUGUGUGUAGUUCAUGUGCGCUUCUGGUUAGUGUAACAUUUCAUUUAGGAGGAGCGUGAUGUGACAAACUUUUCUCCUUUGAAAACAAAAAAGUCAAAGUAAAAGGAAGCCAUCGCCAGACGCCCCUUCGCACCAGAGGCCCCUGCCCUUGUACAGACUCUAGGAGGAAAAUCACCAUGUUGAUAUUUUUCUUUCGCCGCGUCAGUGUUCGGUAAAUGCUCCGCUGUAUCGGAAAACAUCCCCCGUAGUGCUGGGAGGUCCUCGGCGGCGCCUCCCGGCGGCUCCGGCCUGUCCUCCAGGCUCUGUGUCCUCUGGUGGAGGAGAGACGACGAGCGCGCGGUGGUUUUUAUUGAUGUCAGACGAGCGGAAACGAGGACGGACUCAUCGGUCUAAGCAUGUUACACACCCUUGAAAUGUGCCCCCCUCCUCAUGCGUUCCGUCACAGCCCGCGUCCUCAGCUUACGUUGAGCUGCCGUUUGUGUAACGCAGUACAUUGUACAUACGUGUAUCCACAGGGGAAGGAGCUCAUUCACCACAUUUAGAGACAAAGAGGUGGUGUGUGCUUCUGAGAGACACUGGUUUCCUGUCGGGCGGACGUCUUCCCAGCGCAGGAAUGAAGGAAGGAUUCCACUGGAGCCUGUUUGCGAGGAUGGAAGAGACGGACGCCACCGCUCUUUUAUUUUUCUAUCAUCGCAUUGUUUUCUUAUCUCGAGUCGUCAUCGUCCAAGCUUCAGCCGAGAAAAUGAAUAUCUCUGAGUCCACAUCGCGUCUCUGACAAGACUCUACGAGGACGCACGCGUCCCCGUCGCUUUUAUUAGUGUGUUUCCGUGUUUGUGGGCGUGUUUGUUUUGUAUUUGUGCGUGCGCGUGCCUGUCUGUCGCCGUGACCUUUUUGUGUGACACGUUCCCGUGCUCAGCGCCGCCCUCGCCCUCCGUCUGUCGGUCCCCAGAACCCGGCGUCCACGGCCGGGACGCGCUCGUCCCGGAGCCAAACGUGUCUUCUGUCCCGUGUCUUUACGAGGAGCCACUGAGUGGGUGCGUGUGUGCGUGAGGGCCAGAGAGAGAGAGAGAGAGUGUGUGUGUGUGUGUGUUUGUGUGUGUGUGUGUGUGUGUGUGUGUGUGUGUGUGUGUGUGUGUGUGUGUGUGUGUUCUAUGUGCCUCAUGCAUUAGGUGGGGAAACACGGUCUUUCAUAGACAUUAGUUUGUGUUGUCUAUGUCGUCUCUGAACUCAGCUGGCAGCCAACAACCCCCCCCCCAACCCCCGACCCGUUGCCUGACGUAAGUAGCUGUGUUGAUCGUGUACUUCUUUCAGUAAUUUGUGUGCUGUUUGUCCGAGGGAAAAAAAAACCCCUGACGGAACACGAUUGAAACUGAAAUAGUUGGGUGUGUUUUGAUUAAAAUUUACAAUCACAUGAGAAAAAAA